UGCACAUUUACUGCAGGGAGACGGAGGCUGCUUCACUGUGACUCAGGACUGGACCAGCAACAUCUGCAAACAUGGUGGAUGCUUUUUGUGCUACAUGGAAACUGGUCGACAGCCAGAACUUCGACGAAUACAUGAAAGCACUUGGUGUGGGCUUUGCUACAAGGCAAGUUGGCAAUGUCACUAAACCCACAGUAGUGAUCAGCCAAGAUGGAGACAAGGUGGUGGUGAAAACUCUGAGCACCUUCAGAAACUUUGAGAUCUCGUCCAAACUGGGCGAGGAGUUUGACGAGACCACGCCCGAUGACCGGCACGUCAAAUCUACCUUCACCGUGGAGGGAGACACGUUCGUGCACACGCAGCGGUGGGACGACAAAGAGACCAGAUUUGUCCGAGAAAUCAAGGAUGGAAAAAUGGUGAUGACUUUGACCUUUGAAGGAGUCCAGGCCGUGCGCACGUACGAGAAAGCCUAGCCUCCGCCCCCACAUGAAUGAGCAUUCAGCCCAGCUGUGCAUCAACACUUCUUUUAUAUUGAAAACCUCUUUCCUGCAUGGGACGACUUGCACUUGUUGUUGUUGUAACUCUCGAACAAUGAUUUUGGGAUUUUUUGUAAGACCUUUUGUAAAAAAAAAAACAAGACAUCAGACUGUGAAGGCCCUGAAAUAUUUCAUUCUGUGCAAACAAUAAACUACUUGAAUAAACCUUU